AUGUUAACAAUUAUAUUAUUCACUUUAGUCUUGAUAUUAUGUUUAGUGGAAGUGUUCGUUAAUUUGAAUGAAGACGCUAGAACUAUAAAGAAAAUUCCAGGCUUUAAAGAUGUAUUUUUCUUUGGAAAUUCCACUGCUGCUUUUGGAAUGGAUUCAGUCGGCUUGUUCAAGUUAGCCAGGGAUUGUGCUAAAAAAUUCAAUGGAAUUUUUAGAUUUUACAGUUUAUCCAUAGCAGCAGUUCAUGUUUAUAAUCCCAGUGACGCUGAGAUUAUCAUGUCAACUAUGAAGCAUCGUGAGAAAAGUAUUAUUUAUAAAUUUUUUAAACUGUGGCUUCAUGACGGUUUAUUAGUAAGCAAAGGAUCAAAAUGGCAAGAACGAAGAAAAAUUCUUACAUCAGCAUUUCAUUUCAACAUUUUGCGCAAAUAUUUUCUCAUUAUUGAAGAAAAUAGCCAGAAGCUGGUGAAUGUAAUGGAAGAAAACAGUGGGAAAUCCAUCAAUAUCGUUCCAAUAUUGAGCGAAUACACCCUUAAUUCUAUAAGUGAAAGUGCAAUGGGGGUAGAGCUUGAUAAAGAUCCCAUGUAUUCAGAAGAAGUUAACACUUUCAUGUUUGAGGGCCAUGAUACAACAGCGGCCGGUUUGACAUUUUGUUUAUUAACAUUAGCUGAGAAUCAAGAUGUUCAGGAAAAAGUUUAUCAAGAAUUGCAAAGUAUAUUUAACGGAAGGGAAGAUGUUACUUUAGAAGAUUUAACAAUGAUGAAUUAUUUGGAGCGAUGCAUAAAAGAAAGUAUGAGAUUGUACCCGCCUGUUCCGUUUAUUAGUCGCACUUUGAGUGAAACAGUUAAAUUGAGUAACUACACGGUACCUGUGGGGACUAUGUGUCACAUUCAGAUAUACGACAUGCAUCGCCAGGAAACCUUAUUUAAGAACGCUGAAAAAUACGAUCCUGACCGUUUUCUGCCUGAAAAUAGUUUUGGGCGACAUCCUUACUCGUAUAUCCCCUUCAGUGCAGGACCGAGAAAUUGUAUAGGUCAAAAGUUCGCAAUGAUGGAAAUGAAGUCAGCAGUAUCAGCCUUACUGAAAAAUUACAAGCUGUUACCAGUUACAACAUCGAAAGAUCUUGAGUUUAUAGCUGAUUUAGUUUUACGAAAUUCAAAACCUAUAUACCUUAAGUUUAUUAAACGACAUUGA